CCUCCUUGCUAAAAUUAGAUUGCAGGCUCAGGCCCUGUGACAAAACAAAACAGAGGAAAACAGAGAGAGAGGAAAAGCUUGAUGCUUGUCGUUUUUAAUUCCCUUCUCCGUUUCCUAUCUCUGUGACUCACUUCAGGGCUCCUUUUUCCUUGAUCUGCUACUCUCUGCUUUACCGAUCUCUCCUAUUCACGAUCUUACAUAACCAGGUACGCGGCCACUCGAUUUAUUGAUAAAUAGAUUUCUUUCGCAACACCUCUUUUAUAGAUUCCACAGAUUUUUUUUUAAUUUUAUAUUUUCCAUUUUCAUUUCGUCCACAAAACGAACAAUGAAUUCAAAUUUCGGAAAACCCAGCAUGAAUUCUCAAAGAGGAUCGACGUCAACCUUCGAUUUCGAUCUCGGUAUUGGGUCGGGUCGAGCCAAAUCCCUUAACGAUCAGAGGAACCAACCCUCUUCGUAUUCGUCAACAGCGGCGACGGUGCAAUCAAAACCCUCCUGGCAACCCAACAAGCCAUCCUGGACCCACCAGCCGGCGCCUAGUCAGGGGCCUCGACCCGGUGGUCUGAACGGGCCUACUUCGAUGGUGGGUGAUAUCACGGGCAAGAGCUGGAAUUCCAUGGGCUCGGGUUCUGGCAUUGGGAUUCCAGAGAAGAACCCUAACUUGUUUGGGGAUCUAGUUGGCUCUUCAAUUGGGAAGGGUAUGGGCAGUAGCAAUGUUCCUUUGAAGAAUGCUACACCCGCUCCAUCCACACAAUCUUCGAAUAAGAGUUCCUUUUCGAUGGGAAAUUUGGGCGAUUCGUUGCCAAAAACUGGUAAUUCUGUUAAUAGUAGCAGUAAUCGAGGAGCCAAUAACAGUUUUGGGGGUAAUGUAAAUGUCAACAGCAAUAAGACUGCCAAUCUUGGUGGUCCUUCCAUGCGUAGUAUGGGUGGAGCUGGAGGUGGGAUGAGCGGUAAUAAGGAUCCCUUUGGUUCUUUGGUUGACUUUGGAUCUAAACAAGCAGCUGGUGGUCUUAAUUCGGGGAAUAAAGCCACCAAGGUGAAUACUGGUGAUGAUUCAUUCGGGAAUUUUCAGAAUGCUUCAAAACCGAGCGCGACAACAUUUUCAAAUAGUGGUUUUAGUGCAACUAGUCCUGAUUUCUUGGGAUCAAAUACGAGUUCUGGAUCGAAGGGUGAUUUUAGCAUGCCUAACAAUGAUUUUGCAUCUCCUACUCAGCCUUCCAUGCAAUCCUCCAGCGAUGAUCCACUCAACGUGUUCUUUUCAUCAUCCUCAACUUCAGUCAGAGGUGCUGCAGCUGCUUCUGAAGGAGUGGGAGGACAGCCAUUCUCUGAAGUUGAUGACUGGGGAUUGGAUUCAGAUUUUGGAGGAUCAGGAAGUAAUGACGCAGGUGGUAGCACGAUGGAGCUUGAAGGGCUUCCUCCACCUCCUGCAGGGGUAACAGCUGCUUCUGCAAAGAUCAAAGGUAUUGAUAAUCAAAAGCAGGGGCAAUAUGCUGAUGCCAUCAAAUGGCUCUCUUGGGCUGUAAUUCUUUGUGAUAAAACUGGUGAUGAGACUGGAGCCAUGGAGGUUUUAUCAUGCAGGGCUUCAUGUUACAAGGAAGUUGGAGAGUAUAAGAAGGCUGUGGCUGACUGUUCAAAGGUGCUUGAACAAGACAAUGCCAAUGUAUCUGUCCUUGUACAGCGUGCACUCCUUUAUGAAAGUAUGGAAAAGUAUAAACUUGGGGCAGAAGACCUGAGAACAGUUUUGAAGAUUGACCCUGGUAACAGGGUAGCAAGAAGCACCGUGCACCGGUUGGCUAAAAUGGCAGAAUAGAGAGGUUUUGAAAUUCUGUACCCGUAUUAAACUUCUUCAAAUACGUCAGAUAAACUUCCUCCUCCCUUAUUCAAAAAGGUCGUGGGGGGGUUCAAAAGGAACAAUUUGCUUGAAUAAUUUUUGGUUUGCAUUGAUCGCUGGUAUUGAAUGUGGUUGUCUUUGUUGCUUGCGAAUGGGACAGAUUCUUGGUUUGUCACUUCGAAUGGAUGAAGUAUUGCAUUUGUCUUUAUGUUUUAUUUGUGGAAAACUAUUUUUCAUGUCUCUGUUACUUCAAAAAUUACCAAUUGACAUGAUCA